AAGGAGUUAAUUUAUUUCUACAAUAUUUUAUGCUUUCUGAUGGACAGUUUAUGACCGAACAUUCUUCACUUAAUGAACGUUUUCAAAUCAUGUUAUCUUCUUUAGGAAAAUCGCAUCAAACAUUUUUAUGAUAUUGUCUGAAUCAAUCAAAUGGAUUUCAAAUUCAAUUUCGAUGUCGGCGAUAAUGACACAAAGCAAAAGGAUCCUCUGGAUGUUGAUAAAGACAAAACCAUAAUAUCAAAUGAUUGCACAUCGAUAAAGUUCCCAUUAAAAUCGAACAACGUUUUAGAGGUUUCGGACAUUGCCAAAUCCUGGUUAAGUAAACCAGAUGAAAAUCUGUAUGAAGUGGAUACAUUGGAAGUGGGGUAUGCAAUUUCACUUCAAAUUGUGACCCCAUGUGAUUUGACAGAUCAAGAUGAAAGUGAAAAAGAUCGUAGUGGGACUACACCAUCGGAUUUAAUACCUAAUGUUUAUGAAGGUGGUUUCAAGGUUUGGGAAUGCACCCUUGACGUUUUGGAGUACCUAUCUCGUCAUGCAGAGGAAAAUAUUCUUAAAGGGAAAAGGGUUAUGGAUCUUGGCUGUGGUGUGGGAGUUUUAGGAACAUACGCUAUAUGUAGGGCACAAGCCGGCUUUGUAACAUUUCAAGACUUUAACAAAGACGUAAUAACAGAUGCAACAGGUCCAACAUCAUUACUAAAUUUUAAAAUUAGUCAUAAUUUGGAUGGAAUCUCAACAUGCCAGGAGACAGGAUUUCAAACCAAAGAUUCUCGCAAAUCGGAUGAUUCAGAGUCUGCGAAUGAAGAGAUUCUUUCUAAAGCAACAGAUUCAUUGUUAAGUGACUUAUGGAAAGAUUGCAAAUUUUUAUCAUCUUGCAAAAAAAGGGUUAAUUUUAUGUUUGGUGACUGGUCCGAUCUCAUAGACUGUUCAAAUAAUAAUAAGUAUGAUGUUAUUUUGUCAUCUGAAACGAUUUAUAAUACAUCUUACUAUAGCAAGUUACAUUCGUUUUUAGAAAAAUUUCUGAAAACUGAUGGAGUGAUUUAUAUGGGUUCAAAAUCACAUUAUUUCGGAGUUGGUGGGGGUGUACUUGCCUGGACUGAAUUUGUUAGAAGUCGUGAUGUUUUCGAAAUGAGAACAGUGCAUGUUAUUGAAGCUAACUUAAAAAGAGUUGUACUUUGUAUGAAAUUUAAAUCUGAGAAUAAAAUAUGAUAAAACUCGUAUGA